UGACGAAGUUAUCGAAGCAGAAAAAAGAGAGCAUCCAGCCAAAUUUCUCCCGAGGAAGGAAGGAACCUUGGGGAAAAAAAGGAAGCACACUGGUAGACGACGGCAAACCCUAGUGCUCACUCCGCGGCGCCCUCGAUUCCGAUGGACUUCGCGGAGCUGGAGGCGGUGGAGGGCCUCCGGUGGCCGUGGCACUCGUGGCCGCCGACUCCCUCGGCGGCCGCGUCGCUCGUCGUCCCCACCGCCGUCCUCUGCUCGCCGCUGCAGCACCCCACGGCGCCCGACCUCCUACCGCUGCUCCCCUACGCGCCGCUCCGCUGCGCGACCCCCGGAUGCGGCGCCGCGCUCAACCCGUUCUCCCGCGUGCACCACGGCUCCGCUCGCUGGUCCUGCCCCUUCUGCGGCGCCGGCGCCAACCCGUUCCCCCGCCUCCUGGCGCCCGACGCGCUCCCCGCCGAGCUCUUCCCCACCCACUCCAGCGUCGAGUACGCGCUGCCCGCGGACCCCGCCGAGGCAGGCGGGCCGGGCCCGCCCGCGCUCGUGUUCGUGGUGGACGCCGCCACGGAGCCGGCGGAGCUCGCCGUGCUCAAGGGCGAGGUGCGCAGGGUCGUGCAGGGGCUACCCGAGGGGGUCAGGGUGGCGCUCGUCACUUUCGCUGCGUCGGUGUGGGUGCAUGAUCUCGGAUUUGAGGGGUGCGCUCGGGUGGUUGUCAUCAACGGCGAACGCGAGCUUGAGUCUGACAAGAUACAAGAACUUCUGGGUGUCCACCGUUCACGAUACAACAAGUUGGCUAUGCCAAGGUCUGCUGAAGCACAGAGAUUUUUGCUGCCUGUUUUUGAAUGUGAAUUUAACAUCACAUCUGCAAUAGAGGAUCUGAGCUCCAUGUCUGCGUGCCCACGUGGGCAUCGCCCUUUAAGAGCAACUGGCGCAGCUAUUUCCACUGCUAUUGCUCUUCUGGAAGGUUGCUGCUCACCCAGUACCGGUGGUCGAAUUAUGGUCUUCACAUCUGGUCCUGCAACAGUUGGUCCAGGGCUUGUGGUGGAAACUGAUCUUGGGAAAGCAAUUCGUUCUCAUCGUGACAUAUUCAAUAGCAAUGCACCUUUCACUGACAAAGCUCGUGACUUUUAUAAGAAAGUUGCAAAGAGGUUAACGGACCAUGCAUUAGUUCUUGAUCUAUUUGCCUGCUCCCUUGAUCAGGUUGGGGCUGCGGAGCUGAGGAAUCCAAUUGAAGUGUCAGGGGGUUUAAUGGUGCAUACAGAGUCAUUUGAGUCUGAGCAGUUUAAAAGCUGUUUUAGGCAUAUGUUCAAGCGCGAAAGUACUGAUUACCUUAACAUGAACUUCAAUGCUACAAUUGAAAUAGUGACAUCAAAAGAGGUGAAGAUUUGUGGUGCCCUUGGUCCCUGCAUUUCUCUCCGCAGGAAAAACAGCUCAGUUAGUGACAAGGAAAUUGGUGAAGGUGGGACAAACUAUUGGAAAACUAGUUCUCUGAGCAGCAAGACCUGCAUUGCUUUCUUUUUCCGAGUUGAUUGUAGUCAUAAAGCUGAGCCCCCAACUGUCUUCUUUAUUCAGUUCAUGACAAGGUAUCGACAUGGUGAUGGUAGUUAUCGCCUAAGGGUAACAACUGUUGCAAGAAGAUGGGCAGCACCUCGAUCUCCUGAAAUUGCUGCAGGGUUUGAUCAGGAAGCUGCUGCGGCUGUUAUGGCCAGGCUUGCUGUUUACAGGGCAGAGACAUACCACGUUAGAGAUGUUAUACGAUGGCUUGACAAGAUGCUUAUCCGUUUUACUGCUAAAUUCGGAAACUAUGUUCCUGAAGAUCCAUCCACAUUUCGACUCUCAACAAACUUCUCCCUGUAUCCGCAGUUCAUGUACUACCUGCGGAGGUCACAGUUCAUUGAUGUUUUCAACAGCUCUCCUGACGAAACUGCUUUCUUCAGGUUGAUGUUGAAUAGGGAGGGAGUUGUGGGGUCUCUAAUCAUGAUCCAGCCGACUCUAUUCCAGUACUCAUUCGAUGGACCACCUAUUCCUGUGCUGCUAGAUGUCAGCUCCAUCUCUCCAGAUGUCAUUUUACUAUUUGAUUCAUACUUCUACAUCGUGAUUCAUUAUGGCUCAAAGAUUGCUCAGUGGAGGAAGCUUGGUUAUCAUAAGGACCCAAACCACGAAAAUUUGCGGAAGCUACUUGAAGCACCAGAAGUAGAUGCAGAGGCACUAAUGGUAGAUCGUUUCCCUGUACCAAAACUCAUAAAGUGUGAUCAGCAUGGUAGUCAGGCCAGGUUCCUGCUCGCUCGGUUAAAUCCAUCUGUGACACAGAAAACACAGCUUUCAGAGGGAUCUGAAGUCAUUUUCACCGACGAUGUUAGUUUGCAAGUUUUUAUUGAACACUUGCAGGAGUUGGCUGUUCAGGGCUAGAAAAGCAUGGAGCCUAACCAUGUUUGUGCUAUCCCAGUUGGGUCCAUAUGCGACCCUGAAGAUAUGGCUUUCAGUGGAACCGGACUUCAUAUUCACUGAUGAAGUUUACUUGCAAGUAUUUAUUGAACACUUGCAGUAAUUGGUUGGGGCAGAAUUAAAUUGUUAAUGUGGAUUAUUUAUGCUGUUUUCGCCUGCAUAUACUGGGAGAGCUCUACUGCCUGGAGGGGUGAGAUCUCCCUGAGCUGUACAUUGCUCAAGCUCCAGUUUGAUAAAACAUAGAGGGUCAAGAUUAAUGUGUAAAUUUUGAAAUGGAAGAGAUCUUUAGCUGAUGAUACUGACCAAGACCGAUGGCUUCAGAACUCUUCAUGAUCCUCAGGCGCUUGCAUGACUCGACAAACAUCCUGCAGGGAUUAUAAUUGACAAGCCAACAUAAGAAGCUGAAGUCUGAACAUCUUGAUAUCAUCCUGAUCAUGGGUGACUAAAUAUGAAAGCAUGGAUUAUAAUUGACAAGGCACACGAGGAUGACGAACAUACUCCCACGGGACAUCGCCAACAAGCAUCCAGUCACCAUCCUUGUCUUCGUAAGUAGUGACAACAUCGGCACCAGUCACCAGAUCAACCAACUUCCCCUCAUUCAUGUUGUUCCCUGUGAUGAUUUACCAGUUGUGAAGGUGCUGAACAUCUUCUUCAGAGCAAUUGAGAGGUCCUUGUAGCUGUUGUACAUCUUCAGGUCCACCUUGCGCAGGUAAGGUGCGCCAUCCAUGCUGACCUUCACGAAGGCAGAGCUGUUACUGCCGGCAUUGGCAGCGGGCUGCUGCUUCUCGGGUUCCUCUUCCUUCUUGCUCUUCACUGACUGGACGGUCAUGACGUUCCUGCGGUAUGAUCGUACUGGUGGCCAACCCACAGCUUGUGCCCUGAUAUAUACAGAAAUUUAGUUGUAGUUCCUUGAAUUUCACAUAUCAGUUGUUGUCUAGAGCUUGACGAAAUUGGGAUUCUUUUGCUAUCUUCUUUGCGACCAGCUCUGCUUUCUACUAAUAUUUUGUAUGGUGAAAAUGUGAUGUGGUUAAGGCCACAUGAAUCAUGAACAUCAUGAUUAUUCAGAAAUCACUUGUAGCAGGUGUUUUUCACCUGAUAUUUAAAAUAUUUUGCUAAGCAUAA